UGAUGCCUGGCUCUAAUAGGUAAUCGCCGUCUUCGUUGUCUUUGAAUCAUCUGUCAUUCCUUUGCACACUUGAAUACAAACUUCUCUUUCUGCCACUGCCGCAGCCUCUUUCAGCUGGGCUUUCUGUCACUCCUUAUACAAGCCUACGGGCUGAUCUUACCGUAUAACGUCGAAUCCCGAUAUCCCGUCCCGUCUCCGUGGAUACAUACUACAGUAGUGAGGUCGCUUUCGACGUCACUACGUACAUACAUACUUCAGCUAUGCCGCCGACUUUGGACUUAUCCCAAAGCACCCACGCCAAGAUGAUCGUCUCGCCACCUCGAAUCAAUUUGCGCAGAGCCGCGUCCUAUCAGCAUGAAAAGGCACCUCUAUCCGCAACCUCGUCACGAUUUAACUUUAACCACCUAAUGUUUUCGCCUCCGCCCUCUCCCGGACUGCCAGCCUUGGUACCCCGGCCACGGAAGUUAUCUAACGGACCGAGGCCGAGUCGAGUUGUCCGAGUUCUUGCAUGGGUUCUCGGACUGGCGCUUGUUACGUUUGUCAUUAGGGCCGUCGUGAAGAAGGAGGUACGAGUGCCGGUUGUUUCAUGGGCCUUGGACCGUGAAGAAUAUGAGAUGGUUGGACAAUACGACUUACCCGACUUUCCUACGCCUAUUGCCGUGACGGACCGGAGCGGCAGGUCGAAGUGGACAGUCUCUAUUCCGCCUACGUAUUCUUUCCCUCUAACUGUCAAGGAGUAUUCCGAUAUCUGUGUUAAGUGCCAAGAGGUCGCUGCUCAUGUCAGAGAGUUGCAUGGGCAUACGAAUCAACAGGCUCAGACGGAUUACUAUUACGAGGACCCUUACUUCAUUGAUGUCAGGGAUGCUGAGAAACGUGGACUACUACCGGGCGUAGAGGGGAAGGCGUGGAAAGUAACCGCUCAGGCUCAAGACGGUCACUUGGUGGGGGAUAGGGCAGACGGAUUAGUCGACAGGGGCAUUUGCAAAACGUCCUUGACAUAUGUCCUCGAGUCAGCCGAUGCUGGAUUAGGUCCCACGUUGAUGAUGAUGUGGAUGGCAUAUGGUCUGGCCCAGAAAGAAAAGCGGUCCUUCUUCAUUGACGACUCGCGAUGGGUAUAUGGCGAGUAUACGGCCAUCUUCAAACCGCCCCCAAUGCCCGACUGCAACCCACCACCACGUCACGAGAUGGUUCCAUGCCCCCACAGCGCACGACAUUUGGUUGUUUCGUCUGCGACCGCGUCUGAGACGUUCGGCAAGAACUUCAACGACGAGUACGAGAAUCUUCGUCGCAGUAAUGUUGAUCGAGAAAGACCGAUAUACGAUCUCGCCCGAGUUGGUUACGAUGCCCUGUUCCGUCUUAAUGACGAAGAUCAGCCCUAUGUGGCGCAUCGCGUCAAGGAGCUAAGAGCGAGGGCCAAGGCAACAGAAGGUGCCUAUCACGAUGGUAUGAUCAUCGGGGUCCACAUUCGACAUGGCGAUCUACACCCGUACGAAUACCAGUACAAUGGGGCAUAUAUACCCCUCAAUAUAUAUGCGCAAAGAUCUAAGGAGAUUAUUGAGGAAUACCACAACUUCAGUACACCUCUCGGAGGUGAGGAUCUAGUCGCAAAACAACACUCAUUUUCUAUAGUCGCAUCAGACGAUCCUGAUGUUUACGAAACAGAAGAAUUUUCAAGUUCGCUUCGAGCUCAGGAGCAAAUCAAGCUUGCUAGUAAGCAACAUAUCCAGAAUGCGAAUCAGGAUAAGUCGGUGAUGCACAAAUUCGUCGACGAAACCUUUGGCUGGGAGGGUGGAUUCUUCGCGAGCAUGUUCUGGAACCUAGGUCGGUCGACGAUAAAUAAUGCCAACGCGGGAGACGGUGUACAACCAACGUUACGACCGUCGGCGGAGACCAUGCGGCUUAGAGGGCUAAUUGGGCGGGCAUACGCGAUGGACCUAGCUGUCCUUGGUCAAGCUAGCGACACCGUCAUUUGUACUAUGAGUGCGAUGGGGUGUCGGUUGAUAGCUGUGAUCAUGGGCUGGGAGAAGGCAAUGGAGGAUGGGAAAUGGGUCAAUAUCGAUGGUGAUUUCCAGUGGACGGCGUUGUCAUUAUAAGCACCCUUGCAUGGCGUUAUUCGGAGUUUGUUUGCGUAAGAGCUAAAAAGGCCGGCACCAGAAAAAUUAAGAUAUCCUGCAUAUAGCAUAUCCA